GUAGCCAAUCCGACCUGUGUACUUGUAAGAUGAAAACUUUGUGAUGCUGAGUGAUUUCAGUCUUUCAUAACCUGUUGAUUUGUUUAGCAAAAUGAUCUGCUCGAUGCUAAAAGUGGCGCGACAUCGCUUUGGCUGCACAGCACUAAGAUUUUCUUCAAAUGGUGUCGGGGUACGGUCACCAAAAAUUGUUGCGACUCCAAAUGUGAAAGGCCGACGCAGCCCCUACGUUUAUGCAUUUAUUGGAGUUGCCGUCUCAGCCCCGCUCUUAUGGUACCAAACACUGAGCGCACCCGACAAACGCUUUGUUCGGACUUCUUUUGGGGGACUGAUCAGAUUCGCCAAGACAUUGAGAAUCGGUCUUACGAUCUCUUGCGACUACACGUACAGUGCGAUCGGAUAUACUGAGGGAACUGAGGAUUACAAGGCCAUGAUGAAGCGCUGUCACCAGCGCAAUGCUGAGCGAAUACUUAAGGGUUGCCUUCAGAAUGGUGGUCUGUACAUCAAGCUUGGACAAAGUCUGGUCGCUCUCAAUCACCUUUUGCCACGAGAAUACAUUGACACCUUAGAGGUGCUUCAUGACCACGCAUUGGUGCGCAGUAAGGAUGAGAUCAGUGAGCUGUUUAAGGAGGACUUUGGUUGCUUGCCCGAAGAAAUGUUCAAAGAAUUCAACCGCACACCUAUUGCUGCUGCCAGCCUAGCUCAAGUUUUCAAAGCAAAGACUACUGAAGGACAAGAUGUUGCUGUAAAAGUGCAGUACAUUGAUUUACAGCAACGUUUCAGUGGUGACUUGAAUGGCAUUGGUAUCUUAGUGCAUAUUGUCAGUUGGAUGCACCCCAAUUUUAACUUUGCUUGGGUCCUUGAUUAUCUUAAGUCGUGUUUGGUAAAAGAGUUGGACUUCGUGCAUGAAGCUGGCAACAUGGAACGCUGUGCCCGAGAUUUAGCCUACCUCCCAUAUGUUUCAAUUCCCAAAGUUCACUGGAACAAGACAAGUAAAAGAGUACUCACUAUGGAUUUUGUCAAUGGAGUCAAGAUAAGUGAUGUCAAGGGAAUUAAAAAGCUUGGUCUUGACCUUGCUGAUGUCGAUCGAAAGAUGGUGUCGGCAUUUGCCGAGCAGAUAUUUCACACCGGCUUUGUCCAUGCAGACCCCCACCCUGGCAAUGUGUUUGUUGAGAAAGGAAAGGAUGGAAAAGCAAGAAUUAUUCUUUUGGAUCAUGGGCUAUACGAGUUCAUUUCUAAGGAAAACAGACUCUCUCUUUGUCAGUUGUGGAAAUCCAUAAUUAUGAAUGACCCUGUUGGAAUGAAGAUGCACUCUCUUGAGUUGGGUGUCUCAAAUUACCCCAUCUUCUGCGAGAUCCUGAUGCAACGGCCCCUGAAGCGGCAAACGUUGCACUUGCGCAAUCAGCUGUCCAGUGAAGAUGUGGCCUACAUGCGCACCAUGGUGCAGAAUCACUUUGAUGAGGUCAUGGACUGCAUUCGCAGCCUUCCUAGGCCCAUGCUGCUCGUAUUCAGGAACAUAAAUACUGUACGCUCUAUUACGAAAAACCAUGGCCAUCCUAUUGAUCGCUUUAGCUUGAUGGCUCGCAUUGCUACUCGGCGGCUCACCUUGAACAUGGACCAUGCCAGCUUGCCGGUCAUACUACGCCACUGGUGGAGUUGCAUGAUGUUUGAGCUGAGGCUAAGGUUGGAGCACUGGCAGUUGAGGUUCUCACUGCUGUACCUGCGCUUAUUGCUUUGGAUCAAAGGGCCUAGCAAGAACAUAGAAUAUAUGAUGGAGCUUGCUGCUGGGGACAUAUCUCCAAUGUAGUUUAUACCUACGCUGAAGGACUAUUAUUGCACUGUUAUAGCAAACUUUAUUUUUGUGACAUCAUGUUGAUUUAAUGUGAAUAAA